AUGGAAACACUCGGCAUCCGGUUACCGCCUCCUGGCUUUCGCGCACAAGACGCUCCUCAGCCGACAACAACAUACCAGCAACCAUGGCGACAUGACGUGCCGAAUGUACAUAUAACUCCUCCAAAUCCAGUCAAUCAAUCAACAACUCAGCCAUAUGAGCAAACAUAUGACUCGCUCAGCGCAAGUUAUGCGCAGUUCCAGCCGGAUCCUGAUCAUCUCGAAGAAUGUGGGUUAUCAUAUACUCCUUCGUUGAGUGGACACGACCUUGCCGAAGGCGAAUCCCAUCUAUCCACCUAUUCAAGCACCAUGCCCGGUCAAGAUGAGCAUUACCCUGCCAUUUCCGGUUACAUGAGAUACCCAGAAAUAGACCCCGAAGCUUUGUAUCCGUUCGAUUACAAUAAUUUGAUCCCACACUCUUCAUCUCUCUCCGACCCCGAUCCGACAAUGAUACGACCUUUAACUGCGGAAGAGUUGAAUUUGCCCGGAUUCUCAAUGACUUCAUUCUGCGAUCCGCCUUAUCAAGGUACUUUGGGCGACUUUUUCAUACCCACCUCUGCUCCCUCAGUGCAGCCUAUCCCUCCUUUGCAUGUGCAGCGGCCACCGUAUGAUAUGACCAAAGAUUUUCGCCAAUAUCACGAAUCUCAUCAUGCUCCCAGUAACAAGCGAGCGGCGACUGACAGUCCUUUAAUGGAGUCGCACGUAUCAAAGAAACCGAGAAUGAUUCUGACACCCACGCUGAGAACUCCUUCUGGACGUAUCCAGAAACCAGCAUCCGUCCAACAAUCCGUACGCGCAGUCCAGACACAAAACGAGACGCUGUCGAAAUUGAUUAUCCCCCCAACCACCGCUGCUGGUAGACCGUCAAUAUCACCGCCAUUACCGCUACCACCACAGUACCAACAAUAUCAACAAACCCAUCAAGUUGCGCCGCCUUUCCUAUUACCGUCAAACGCAGAUAGCAGCGGCAUACUAAUGAAGCCAACUCACCCGUCAAUGCGAAGAACAGUCUCAACCUCUUCGAGCGAGAGUCACAGCAGGAAUGCCGAAAGCAACAAAAAGCUUUACGCAAAUCCCUUGAAACCUCCUGAUCUACUGGGGCCUCUGUAUGAAGAGCAAGAAUCACCGCCAAUCAAGGACAUGACUCCCGACGAUCCGGAGAUGAUUCCGCAUAAACAAAACCUACGGUUCGAGAACGACCUAUACACACCUAGGUGGGUGCGCGGUCAUGGCAAUAAGCGUGAAGGAUGGUGCGGAAUUUGCAAACCGGGGCGAUGGCUUGUCCUUAAGAAUUCUGCAUAUUGGUACGACAAGAGCUUUUCGCAUGGGGUUAGUGCUGUGACGGGUAAAGCUUUUGAAGGUCCAAGGGAGAUUCGGAGAAUCAAGAGGAUGAGGAAUGAAGAUAUUGGUAAUAACGGGGGCGCGGGUGAAGCUGCUAGUGAAAGUGGUCAAGUCUUGACGCAGAGAUUUGGUGGUAAAACAACUACCACCUGGGAAGGACUCUGUGGCAGUUGCAACGAGUGGAUUCCUCUAGUCAGCAGCAAGAAGAAAGGGACCACGUGGUUCCGGCAUGCGUACAAGUGCCAAACGUCGCCCGACAAGGACAAGGAGAAAAAGAAAGACAAAGAGCGCAAGGUCAAAUCCAGAGAAGACUCUUCGCCCAAACGAAAAGACACAAAAUCGAGAGGCCGCCCCCAGAGCAGUGACCUCAGCUUGGACCUGGACAGCAUCACCAUUCCUGCUCCAGACUCUCCUCCGCCGACCUUUUCACCUUCUUCUCUCUCUAGUUCUCCGCAGAAAUCUGCUUCGUCCUCGCCUCGCAAAUCCUCUCCUACCAAAACCACUCUUUCCUUCCCAAACUUACGACCGCCACACAGUCGUUCCUCUUCCACAACUACAUCGAAGCCCGCAUUUUUUUCUUCCAACCGCAACUCGCGCAGCGAAGACUCGCAUCCGUUGAAUCUUCCGCCAGACGAGCUCCGUCGACAUCUUUCCGCCAUGGCUGCUGCUAGGGAUGACAGCAUGCGGAGCUCCAUGGACAUAGACCGGGACACCACAGCAUCUCCUCAACCAGAGGCCACUCCCAUGAGCACAAAUGGAACUCAAAACGGCGACACUGAUCGCAGUCCUACCCCGCCUCCCCAUCGCUCUCCUCCUCCUAACAGUGAUGGUGGAGAGUCGCACAAAUUAGCCGGAAAUAAGUUUUAUAAGCAAGGAGACUACGAGCGAGCCAUACAAGAAUACAAUAAAGCUCUCGAAGUCAACCCAAACUCUUCAGUCUUCCUUUCCAACCGUGCCGCAGCGUUUCUCUCUGCCAAUCGAUUCAUCGAAGCCUUGGAUGAUGCACAGCGUGCGUUGGAUCUCGACCCGGAGAAUUCCAAAAUCAUGCAUCGGCUGGCCCGUAUCCUGACAAGCCUGGGUCGUCCGGCAGACGCUCUCGAUGUGCUGUCGAAAGUCCAACCCCCCGCAUCCGCUAAAGACCGUGCCAAUGCCGAGACAAUGCUGCGACACAUCACUCAAGCCGAGGAUUCUUUGAAAAAUGGCAAGGGUGGGUCAUUGGUGGUCUUUGCCAUCGAGCAAGCCCGACAGAUGCUUGGCCCGGGUGUGAAGACCCCGCGUAAGUGGCAGCUCAUGGCUGGGGAGGCCCAAUUGAAGAUCGGAAAUGAUAAUGGMUUUGGUAAAGCGCAUGAUGUGGCCAUAUCGCUCCUCCGGGAGAACAACCAAGACCCCGAUGCUUUGUUGCUCCGUGCGAAAGCAUACUACGGCCAGGGCGACAACGAGCAGGCAGUGAAAUAUACACGGAUGAGUCUUCAACUCGACCCAGACAAUAAGAAGGCCUUCACCUUGCUGCGACUGGUGCAAAAGCUGGUCCGCACCAAGGAGGAAGGUAACGCGGCUUUCAAAGCCAAGGACUACAAACGAGCCGUAGAACUGUACACUCAAGGUCUUGAAAUCGACCCGACCAACAAGGACACCAACUCCAAAUUACUUCAGAACCGUGCACAGGCUCAUAUAGCGUUGAAGGAAUACGAGAAAGCAAUAGAAGAUUGCACUGAAGCCCUUCGCCUCGACCCGGGGUACACCAAAGCACAGAAAAUCCGUGCCAAAGCCCACGGCGCCGCAGGAAACUGGCAAGAGGCUAUCAAGGACUAUAAAAAUGUUGCCGAAGUCAACCCCAGCGAGAAGGGUAUCCAGGAAGAUAUUCGCCACGCCGAAUUUGAGCUCAAGAAGAGCCAGCGAAAAGAUUAUUACAAGAUUCUCGGUGUUGAGAAGGAUGCUUCAGAUGGUGACAUCAAAAAGGCAUACAAGAAGAUGGCUAUUCUGCACCAUCCUGACAAGAAUCCGAACUCGAGUGAUGAGAAGUUCAAGGAGCUUGGUGAGGCGUAUGAGACCUUGAUUGAUCCUCAGAAACGUGCCGCAUAUGACAAUGGCGAUGACCUUAUUGAUCCUUCCGAGAUGUUUGGACGCGGUGGUUCACCUUUUGGCGGCAUGGGUGGCAUGGGAGGUAUGGGCGGUAUGGGAGGAAUGGGUGGUAUGCACGGCGUCAACAUCGACCCCAACAUUCUCUUCAACAUGAUGAAUGGCGGAGGAGGGGGKGGUGGAUUCGCUCAUGCUGGCGGCAAUCCAUUCGCUGGCGCCCAGGGUCGUGGUGGCGGCUUCCAAGGAUUCCAAUUCUAA